AGACAUUGUUAACCGGCUCCUUGGCCCUGCCCCCGUGUGGGUGUAACCUAACGGGGAGGGAGGCCGAUGUUUUCUUGCUGUUGUCGUUAUUCAGCCUGUCCGCUACGGGCUACUCCAUCCAGAGCGGAAAGCACCUCCAGAGCUUAUUAAGCCCAACUCGACUCGAUCAGGAUGUCCCGGGAGCAGCAGGCCGUGGCUCGUGCUAGGAAAGCCUUUGAAACAGGCAGGUCCAAAUCCUUAGAGUACCGGAUUCUCCAGCUGAAGAACCUGCAGCGGUUGUUCACUGAGAGACAGAGUGCGGUUUCAGAUGCCAUCAAAAAAGACCUCAAUAAGAGCGAGGUGGGGACACAGCUGUACGAGACUCUGGGUCUGGAGGGGGAGCUCAGCCUGGCCAUCAAGAAGCUGAAGGAGUGGGCGGCCCCUCGGCCCGUGGAGAAGAACCUGAUGACCAUCUCGGACACCGUCUACGUCAAGCCGGAGCCGCUGGGAGUGGUGCUUAUCAUCGGGGCCUGGAACUACCCCUGGGCCGUCACCAUCCAGCCGCUGAUAGGAGCCAUCGCAGCUGGUAAUGCCGCUGUGGUCAAGCCCUCCGAGGUCUGUGUUCACACUGCAAAGGCCAUGGAGGACCUGCUGCCGCUUUACAUCGACAAAGAGCUUUACCCUGUGGUAACCGGGGGCGUGCCAGAGACCCAGGAGCUGCUGCGUCAGAGGUUUGAUCACAUCUUCUACACCGGCAACAGCAUGGUGGGAAAACUGAUCAUGGAGGCUGCUGCCAAACACCUGACGCCUGUCACCCUGGAGCUGGGCGGCAAGAGCCCCUGCUACAUCGACAAGGACUGUGACCUGAGCAUCGCCUGCAGGCGUGUUGCCUGGGGAAAGUACACCAACUGUGGUCAGACCUGCAUCGCCCCAGACUACAUCCUGUGUGAGCCCAGCAUCCAGGACCGGGUCAUUGAAGAGGUCACGAAGUCCAUAAAGGAGUUCUACACCGACAACCCAAAGACCUGUCCUGACUACGGACGCAUCAUCAACCAGCGCCACUUCAAGAGGAUAAUGAACAUGUUGGAAGACAGUACCAUUGCCGAAGGAGGAGACAACGACGAGUCAGACUCCUUCAUAGCCCCCACAAUUCUGCGGGACGUAAAGCCGGAGGCGAAGGUGAUGCAGGAGGAGAUAUUUGGUCCUCUGCUUCCCAUCUUGCCGGUCAAUGGUCUGGACGAAGCAAUCAAGUUUAUCAAUAAAGGAGAGAAACCUCUGGCCCUCUAUGUCUUCUCAUCAGAUAAAAAGGUGAUAAAGAGAAUGACAGACGAGACCUCCAGUGGAGGACUGCUGGCCAAUGACUGUCUUGUGCACUAUUCUGUCAGCUCGCUGCCUUUCGGAGGAGUGGGAAACAGUGGUAUGGGCUGCUACCACGGGAAGUUCAGCUUUGACCAGCUGAGCCACCUGCGUAGUUGUCUCAUCAAGCAGCUGAAGAUGGAGGGUGUGAACAGCAUGCGCUACCCGCCUCACACGCUCAAGAAACUGGGCUGGGCGCGCUUCUUCAUCCUCAAUAACGUGGACCUGAGCUGGAUCGGGCGCAGGGCGCUCUUGGCCGUCCUGGCUGUGGUGGCUGCUGUGGUGCUGCAGAAUUAUGUCCUUUGAAGACUUCCUGCUGCUCCACAGACAACGAGUGUCCUGUUUGAAGAAAAGAAAAGCAUGAAUGUCACACCAUUUCAACAAUGAGUGUCUGUAUGAAUCAGAUCAGCGUCUGCUCAGGAGCGCCAUAAGAUGGGACAUUUUUGGGGGAGAUGUUUUAGUUUUUCAAUAACUGUGUCAUAUGUUUCAAUGUAGCAAGCAUCUUAUUUUUCAUGAAGGUAAUUAUUUAUGUAUGGCUCUUAAAUUUGUGUUCAACAUUGGUAUGUUCCAAUGUAACCCGUAAGAUCACAUGUACAUACUUACAAAAAAACUUUAAAUAGACAUUAUUGAUUUUGCUAUUAAAUAUCAUGUACAUUGAAGUAACACAAUGCGUUAAAUGAAGGGCUGAAACAAAUGAAGGUAGUUGCAAUUUCUGCGUAAGCAGUUUUUAUUGUGUAGAGAAACCUACAGUUCACUUUGUGUCUAUUCCAUUUCAAUGAUGGUUCAGCUAUUGAACUUAAAUGUGUUGCAUGACUGUAACACAUUUAAGCAAGCUUGUAACCAUUUUUGUUUUUUUAUCCUAUUGAUUGACAUUUUAAGGGAUGUGUAAUUAAUAUUGUAAUAUACAAAUGCAUACAUACAUGUAUUUCUAUAUUGGAUUAUUAUUCAAUUAAACAUAUUGUAUCUAUUAGUUUGUGA